CUGACAAAGAACAUCGUUGUCCUGGCACUCGGGGAACGAGUUUAUGCCCGUGUCGGAUGGCCACUUGCUCAGCGGAGGGUGCGGGGAAGGGCUAGACCGCGGCACCCAGCCAGAGGACGCGCCGGCACCCCGAGAGAAGUCAGGAUGCGCCCUACGGGCAAACAGAGCCCCCCAGCCCUGCCGGUGCCCCCCGGAGGGCCUUGCCUCCUCCUCCUGUUCUGCCUGCGCUUGGGCGCCUGCUGCCCACAGAGCUGCCAGUGUCCUGAGCACGCGGGGGCCGUGGCCGUCCACUGCAGCGCGAGGGGCCUGCAGGAGAUCCCCGGGGACAUCCCGGCCAACGCUGUGCUCCUGAAGCUUGACGCCAACAGAAUUGCCCGCGUCCCCAACGGAGCCUUCCAGCACCUGAGCCAGCUGCGAGAGCUGGACCUGUCUCAGAACGCCAUCGAGACCAUGGGCCCCGCCGCCUUCUCGGGCCUGGCCGGCGGCCUGCGGCUGCUGGACCUGUCUUACAAUCGCAUCCGCAGGGUCCCGAAGGAUGCCUUGGGCAAGCUCAGCGCCAAGAUCCGCCUGGCCCACAACCCUCUGCACUGCGAGUGUGCCCUGCAGGAGGCCCUGUGGGAGCUGAAGCUGGAUCCCGACUCGGUGCACGAGCUCGCCUGCCACACCUCGGAGCAGGAGGCGUACGUGGGGAAGCCGCUGCUCCAGGCGCUUGACGCCGGCGUCAGCUUCUGCAGCACCCACCACAAGACCACCGACGUGGCCAUGCUGGUCACCAUGUUUGGCUGGUUCGCCAUGGUGGUCGCCUACGUCGUGUACUAUGUGCGCCAGAACCAGGAAGACGCCAGGAGGCACCUGGAGUACCUCAAGUCCCUGCCCAGCACCCCCGUGUCCAGGGAGCCCCUGAGCCCUGCACCCUAGUGCUCGCGGCGGGCGGCGGCCGGCCCGUGGCGUUGGCAUUCCCCCGGCAAGCUGGUGGUCACAGCUGCCCCGUGCGGUGCUCGCUCUGACCGCACUGUCCCAGAUCACAUUCGUCAGGCAGUUUCGCCAUCAGACCCGUCGACGGGGGAAGGAACCUAAGCCCAGGGAAACGGACUGACGCCACGACGUCACCGCCAGGGGGCGCUCCCGCCGGGACUUACAACCAGACCCCAAUCACGAAGUCCCGUGUCCCCCACUCUGUGUGCACCGCGGAUGGGAAUGCACCCGGAGAGCGGAGGGCUUGUGCCCGUGACCAUGGGGGUCCCUGAGGUCUGGGGCGCAGAUUCGUCUGUGGAAGGCGCGGGCGACGCCGCCCUGGGACCCCGCCCGUCCCCGACCCAGCACCUACCGAGCCCGUGCACAGCCCUCUUUCUGGAGCAAAGUGGGGGGGACCCGCGUUUUCUAGAGGGAAGCGAGUGAGAGGUGUCGCUCAAACUAGCCUUCGAGCAGCUCUGUUUAUUCUUAGAAUGUUCCAGAAGAGUCUCAUGCCCCAAUUUCAGUCCAGUGAGGGGAAAAGGUCUCCAAACCCAAACACCACGGGGAGACUCCCGCCGAGGGUCCAGAGCGGCUGGGGGGCUGGGGGAGCAGUGUCGGCCGGCAGACGAGCUCCGCCCUGGCCGCCUCCUGCCGUCCACCAGUGCAUGGCUCGGGGGGAGGCCUGUCACCUCUGGUCGCCACUGUGCCUUGCUUUUCUACUCACGGACACCUACAGCAGCUCCUUCUAUGGGUCUGGAGGACGGAUGUCUGAUGCUCCAAGGCCAGUCGGCCAGCCUUCUCCAGCAACAGACCGGUCCCCCCCGCCCGUCUCCUUCUCUCCUCCUCCCGCCUCACUCCCUUUUCACCUUUGCUGCCAGGAGCCUCAGAGCUCAUUGAGAUUUUUUUACCCGUGUUACUUUGCGGUCAGGGUAGCUGUCACCUCUACCCGACUCGCCUUUCCCGUUCUGUUUGUUCCUCUCUGUGUCAGUGUUUGUAUUUUAAAUAUUUGGGGUGGGGGGGGGAGAUAAAUUACUGUGAGUCGAAGGCCGAACCGUCAUCGAGCGGUGCCUCGGGAAAGGUUAGCCGUGGAGGCCGGUUUGAGCUUGGGAAGUCCCGAGUGACUUGAAAUGGGACGCGAACGCGGGGUCACGCGUACGAUCUGAUCCCGUGCCCGGAAGCUGCACCAGGGACCGGGGAGGCGUGUGCCAGCGUGGCCGCGAUGUGUCGGCCGUGGCACACCAGAGAGAAUCGCCGGGCGGGUUCGGGGCGCCCGCCCCACCCAGGCCCCGGGCCUGCCUUCACUGGGGGGGGACAGCGUGCCACAUGCACAGAGGGCCACUGGCCAGACCAGGAGCCCGGGAGUGAGACUCGCCGCCCCACACGUCCCAGUCCACAGGGGCGACAGCCUCGCCCGUUUCCAGUGACAGCUGAGACCACACGGCCAGCCGUGGCCUGGUCCGCUCAUGUGACAUGUGCUGUGUGGAGCAGGUGGGCGCUGCGGCUGGCCGACCAGCAGGACGCAGGCUCCGCGGUGACGGGCCCCACACAGGUCUCUGAGGUGCCCCCUGGCAGGCCCACCAGACCGCCUUCAGCCACACCAGUGGGCUGCUGGUGGCCCCUCGGCGGCCACCCACUGUCCUGACCCAUGGAGCCAUCUGUACCCCUGCUGUCUCGCACCCAGCUGCCACCUACCCCACUCCCACUCCUGGACGUCGGCCAUGGCCGGCUGGGCCAUGUCCGCCUGUCUCUCUGCGGGGCGGUCACCACCCUGGGUCGGUGGCAUAGACCAGAGAGUAGCCCUGAGGGUGGCCAGCGAGACCCAGUGGCCGGCCAGGGACCCGGUGCUCUGCAGUCUCCCUCGUCACUGCAGGAGUCUCCGGAGCAAGUGCUCAGACAGACGCCAAACCUUUGUCCUCGACCCGGGCCGGGGUCACCUCUGUUGUCAUGUUCCCUUGUGACUUGUGGGUGUAACUCGUCAUAAUUUAAGUCUGUUUUCCAGUGCUGGGCCUUCUUCUGCUGUAAGCGUGUGCUCGCGCCCUCCGGGCUCAGUCCCGUGUGGCCUGGGGCUCGCGGUGGCUUGUGGGAGCACCUCGGACCUCCUGAGCGCUCGAGUCCACCCCGGGGGGCGUCAGGAGUGGUGUCAGAUGGAGCUGGCAUUCCACCCUCGUUCGCUGAUGGAGGACAACGGCGUCAUGUAUUAGACGGCUUCUCACUCUCUUUCCAUCUAUCAUCUAUCUAUCUAUCUAUCUAUCUAUCUAUCCAUCCAUCUAUCAUCUAUCCAUCCAUCCAUCC